AUGACCGUUGACCCAAAUAUCGUGGCUAUCUUUGGAGAGGCGCCGGCGGGACUCGACCUAGAUGAGCAAAUCGUCACCUCUUACAACGUUGCGGUAUGCAUCGUUCUGGGCCUUGCGGCCGCAUCAGUCGCCCUUCGCUUUUACGUGCGCUGCGUUAAGGGGUCGAAACUUUGGUACGAUGAUUGGGCAAUCUUUCUUAGCGUUUUCUUAUGCGCAGCGACGACGUUUAUGACCAUCUUGGCCGGGAGCUAUGGCGCCGGAGAACACGUCUGGUCGAGCAACAUCUCGCGUUUCGUGACAUUAUUGAAGAUCGUGUAUGCCGAGCCCUACGUGUACGCAACCGCCGUCACCUCGACAAAAGUCAGCAUCCUUCUUCUCUACCGUCGGAUUUUUUAUUCCAAGACUGGGCUAGGUCAAAUAUACUCGAUAAUGUUCUGGACCGCGACCUUCCUUACCAGUACAUAUCCAUUCAUUCUUUGGAUUACAAUGGCCUGUGCCUGUCGUCCGGUAUCAUUCUACUGGACUCAAUAUCUGGGGGAGAAGGGAAACUGCAUCAAUGUCAGCUUGUUCUUCCUUCUUCUAGGCAUCGUCAACAUGUUCAAUGACAUCGUCAUAUUGCUGGUACCCGUGCCUCGUAUCUGGGGACUGCAUAUGAACAAGCGGACUAAGACUUCCAUUAUUGGUAUCAUGCUUCUGGGCGGCUUUGUUUGCGUUGCAAGCGUCGUGCGUAUUUACUAUCUCAACGGCUUGUUCCAGAACAUCGACGUCACCUGGUGGAUGGGUCCCUCCUUUGCCUGGUCCAGCCUUGAGCCUUCCGUCGCCAUCAUCUCCGCUUGCUUACCAACAUUCGCCCCGUUGUUUCGCAUGGGUAGGAACAAGUCCUCAAAGAGUCCGUCCUAUCCGUGA